AAACAGGGACAACAUGUAUUCUCGUCCAGCUUCCUGUCGCACGAUGGGUGUCGACUCUGCCAUCGACGUAGACGCAGCAGUCCAACCCACGCCGCCCAACGAUGUGCCCGAUCGUGAGGUUAUCAUUGAGGCUGAGCAUCAGAAUGGGGCGGAAGUGGAAGAAUCGGGGAGCGUAGCAUCGUCAAGUAUGAGCGCGACUAGCUCAAUCUUUGGAUUUCGUAUCGAGAAUGGAAGAACCUAUCAUAAGUACAAAGAUGGCAAAUACAACUUGCCCAACGACGAAAGAGAGACAGAACGACUGGAUUUGCAGCACACUUUGUUUCGCCUCACAUUUGAUGAUAGACUCGGCACAGCGCCACCAAACGAUCCGGGAAGUAAAGUUGGCCGAGUUCUCGAUGUAGGUACAGGGAGUGGGAUAUGGGCUAUCGACUACGGCGAAGAACACCCGAAAUCUGAGGUUCGGGGUAUCGAUCUCUCAGCUGCACAGCCAACUUUUACGCCACGGAAUGUCAAAUUCCUAAUUGACGACCUCGAAGAGCCGUGGACCUACUCUCGACCUUUCGACUACAUACACAGCCGGAUGAUGAAUUCCUCAAUUAGAGACUGGCGCGAGUACAUACAGAACUGUUAUGAUAACUUGAAUCCGGAUGGAUAUCUGGAGUUGAAUGAAAUCGACAUUGCUCCACUGUCUGAUGAUGGUACCUUGAAAGCAGAGCACUCCAUCUGCCGAACAGUAGGGAUGCUGAAAGAAGCCUCGGAGCUAUUGGGGCGCCCGUAUCAAGAUGUCAAGACAUUGAAGGCGGUCGUUACGGAAAUGGGGUUUACUGCUGUGACGAUGCAACACUUCAAAUGGCCUACCAACUCUUGGCCGAGGGAAGCAUGGCAUAAAGAGCUCGGAGUUUGGAAUAAUGAAAAUCUCACACAAGGAUGGGAGGCAAUUUGUAUGGCGCCGCUGACGAGGGCUCUGCGUUGGACCAAGAAUGAGGUUUUGGUGUUGAUGGCCGAGAACCGCAGGGAUUUCUGUGGCCGAAAUAUCCACGCGUACUUUUCCAUGUGA